UGGAAGGGGCACUGUAAUCUGAGAAUGGUUUUGUUUGAGACUAAGGUCCAGAUUUCUACAUAGGAUGCAGGGACUCGGGGGGCUCUUGGGAGAAUGCAAUAUGAUAAGCAUUUGGGUGACAAAUAUCUUGCAGGGGAUAUUCAUCCAGGCCUGGGUCUGAGCACCAAUACUACCACAGUGGUGAAAGGAACACUCCCUCCACCCAUGCUUUGGGCUGAGCCAGGUUCUGUCAUCUCUUGGGGGAAGUCUGUGACCAUCUUGUGCCAAGGAAUCCUCCAGGCACAGGAGUACUACUUGAAUAAAGAAGGAAGGACACCAGGCUUAUACAGACAGACCCUAAUGGAGCCUGGGGCCAAGGCUAUGUUCCCCAUACUAUUCGUUACAGAGCACCAUGCAGGAGAAUAUCGCUGUCACUACGAGAGUCCUGCUGGUUCUUCGGAGCAUAGUGACAUGCUGAAGCUGGUGGUGACAGAUGUCUAUAGUAAACCCAGCCUGUCAGCCUUGCCCAGUCCUGUUGUGACCCCAGGAGGGAAUGUAACCUUUCAGUGUGUCUCAUGGUUGGGAUUUGGCGCCUUCAUUCUGACUGAGGAAGGAGAAAACAAUCUCUCCUGGACUCACGGCUCACAGAGACAUCCAAAUGGGCACAUGCAGGCCCUUUUUCCUAUGGGUCCCAUACAUCCCAGCCACAGGCGGACAUUCAGGUGUUAUGGGUACGACAAGAGCAAUGCCCAAGUAUGGUCAACACCCAGUGACACCCUGGAGCUCAUAAUCUCAGCAGCGGAUGAGACUGCCAGUCCAUCAUCAAACAUGUCAGACCCCCGAACAGGCUCGUCUCUCCAAGACCACACAGUGGAGAAUCUUACCAGGAUCACAUUGGGCAGCUUGGUCCUGGUGGUUCUUGGAAUUUUUCUAUUUGAGGCUCAGCACAGCCAAAGAAGGAUACAAGAUGAAGCCAGGAGAUAAACAAUGGUGAAGACGGAGGUUUCUCUCCCGCCGCCCUUCAGCCCAUAAUAAGUACACCGAGGCGUAUAUUAUUAAACUCUCUUGGUUGAUGGUUAGGGCGUCUUACUGGCUAGCUCUGUCUUAAUUAUUAAGUCAUAACUACUAAUCUAUGUAUUUCUGCGUGGCCUUAUCUUACCCGAGAACACCUGGCACGCCCUAUCUUCCUGGUCUCUACAUGGCGUCUCUUUCUGUGGCUUCCCUCUGCCUUCCUCUUCCCAGACUUCUCCUGCUCUGGUUGCUGCACUUAUUUAUGCUUCCUGAAUGGCUAUUGGCUAAACAGUGUUGUAUCCAUCAACCAAUAAGAGAAACAUAUAUACAGAAGGACAUCACCCCUCACAGUGGAGGCAGCAGUACACAUUCCGGAGUGGCAGAACAAUGUGCAUGGUGAUUACUACAAGCGGAUGUGGUUCUGAAAUUAAAUCUAGGCACAGCUUGUGUUGACUCUUGAGUUGGGAAUCUUGAGGGGAGUGGCAUGCUGAUUUGGAAGCCUGGAGAUGUCAAGGUAGCUUUUUUUUUUUUUAAGAGAACUAUUCUUCCAUUAAACGCUGAUACUUCCCACAAAUGCUGUUAUAUUUCUCUGACUGCCCUCCCUUCUUUUCUCACCACUUCGCACCCCUAAAGUACUCGUUUUAUAUUGCUUUCCCAUGUAACUUGACGAUCUGGGUUACAAACAGCAUUCCUCUGUGAAUGAUACAGAUGCUCCAUUUGUUUAACUCAAACUCCAUUUUUUAGCGAAAACAAUG